GAAACAGGCCCUUUAGCCCACCUGGUCUAAGCAGGGCUCUACUCGAGUCAACCAUUACAUGUCAGAACCAACCAUUGAUCACCUGUUUCCUCUUUCCCAUCCACUCCCUACACACUCAGGAAAUUUUUUACAGAGACCAAUCAACCUACAAACCCGCAUGUCCCUGGGAUGUGAGAGGAAAUGAGAGCAUCCGGAAAAAGCCCAUGUGAGACUAUACAAACCCCACACAGACAUCACCCGAGGUCAGGAUUGAACCUGGUAUUGUGAGGCAGAGGCUCUACCGCAGUUGAUGUUGAACAUGAUUUGAUUAAAAUGCAUUUAAGGGGGUUAUUCAAAUAUCCAGAAACGUGCAUGGUGUGAUUGUCAGAAAAUCGAUCUAAUGGAUGCAAUAACACUUUUAAUAAGUGAAUGCUUUUUAGUUUACAUGUUGUUCUCAAUUACAGAACAUGAAAUAACUUGUUGCCCUUCACAGUCCUUCCUUCUAGUGGCCAGCAUCAGAGUGUUUUAGAAGAUCGACUUGUGACAGCAUGCAGAAAUGCUAAGGGAGGCCUUGCAGACAAUAUUGUGUGGAUUUCAUCAAUCAACUCGAUGAGUAGCAAAUAUAAGACCAAACAGAAAAAUGCAAGCAAGAAUGUUAUCAGCAGCUAUAAAUUAACACAGCAUAGAAACAACUUGGAGAAUGUAACCUGCCGAAUAAGACAUCCAACAAUUGAUACAAAUACAUUUACAUCAUUGGAGCUGUUUAUAAGAUGUCCUUUCAAAAUCCAGAUUAAAAGCAACAGUCAACGUGUUAAAGGGAGGAAAAAUAAAUUUAUCUUCAACAAAAAGGACAGCGAGAGAACCAUUCAGGUUAAAAUAACAGGCUCGGUGAAGCAAGUUAACGUGAACUGCUCAAAACAAAACGGUUCACUUCCUGAAGGCAUUAAACUGAUUAAAAAUAACCUCAAAUUCAAAGGACCCAUGAAGGAAAGUUAUGCUGGCAUCUAUGUUUGUGUAGCAUUUGACCAACAUUGGAAGCUGUCAGCACAGUUGGAGAUUGAGAUUACUUCAGGUGAAAAUCAAUGGAUUGCCUUAAGAGUCGCAUUGAUAGCAUCCAGUGUGGUUUUUGCAGCAGGUGUCUGUUUUUUCAUUAUUUUGAGAUGGCAUAGAAAAAAGCAACUGAUAGUUAUUCCCCAGCAAUAUUCAAUUCAAAACUUAGGAUACCAAACCAGCAUGGAGGACUGUCGCGGCAUUAAAACUCCGCAAGAUCGUGGAAGAGGUGCGGGCUCUGUUUGUACACCAGCAGAGCCCACAAAGGACAUUGCACCAACAGAUGGAGUCAGCAGAUGAUCAUUCAUCACAAGAUGCCAAAAUGUCUAACAGUUCCGUGUGGACUGUUACAUUUCAGUUUGACACCAACAAUCAUGAGCUUGUAGUUUGCAGCAUGCAGUUAAUUUCAUUUAGUGGCUUCUGCACCGUAAGAAAGGAGUAAUGGUUGGCUGGUUGUGCCCAGAUAAUGGAUAUUGGUUACACCAUCAGUCACAAUGUUGUUUUGCAUUUACCCUAUAAAAACUCCACAGUUUAAUGGUUAAACUACAGAUGAAAACUUGGGUCAAUGAUUACCUUUCUAUAACUAUACCAUUUUUUCAACUUAAUGUAGUAAUGUUUCCAAAUUCCUUUUCCAUUUUAAAAUUUCAGGA